AUGUUGCCGCGCGCGCGUUUACUAUGUACGGGAAAACGAGGAAAACUCGAACUCACCUGCGUGGGGAGAACAGUCUCCCGGCCCAGGGGUAUCGACAUUUUGCUAGCGGCGCCGCCGGCCGCGCCCCGGCGCCCGCCCGCGCCGCACCAUCCACCGACCCGACACUACGGGCCCGCGCGCCGCCCUCGCCCAACUCGCCCAACAGACGCCUCCGACCACCAAGAAAAACACUUCCCCGGAAAUGAACCCACGAGCUUCUUCACCAUCGACUUACGGCAAAAAUAUUCUUAUAUCACAAGAAAAUUUUCAUUCCCAUCCAGCGAUAAGAGAACACAACAAAAAAAUCCGAAAACGAGAUUACAGAUGAGCGAAACGACAACGCGGCGA